AUGCCCAUUGUGUUUCUGGAGAUGGAGUGUGAAAUAUUCAACUUCAUGGGACUUAGGCUCUGUGGUGAGUGCAUCGCCUGCUUAAUGUGGGAGAUUAACCUUAAUCCAGCAUCAGUGGAAGACUCUCUUGGUUAUCCAGCAUCAGUGGAGGAUUCGAGGUUAUCCAGCAUCAGUGGAUAUCCAUCAGCUCAUCCUCGUCAACAAAAUCCAAAUGCUCCGGUGAGUUUCAUCAACUACGUGCUGCUGUGUUUGGUCUACACCACGUGGCUGGCGUGUCGCUCGGGUGAGGGUUCCCUCUUGCGGGUAGUGCGAACCAAAGGGCUCAAGUACUUCGUCUUGGCCGCCGUCGACGUCGAAGCCAACUACCUGGUGCUCAGGGCCUACCAGUUCACCUCCGUCACUUCAGUCCAGCUGUUGGACUGUUUCGUGGUGCCAGUUGUUCUGGCACUGAGCUGGCUCUUCCUCAAGGUCCGCUACAAGCUCGUCCAUGUGCUUGGGGUCGGGCUCUGCCUCCUGGGCGUCGGCUGCCUCGUCUGGGCCAAUGUGGAGGACGGCAAAGCUGCCAUACCUGGAGCCGAGCGCCUGCUGGGAGACAUGCUGUGCCUGGGCGGGGCGACACUCUAUGGCAUCAGCAACGUGGCACAGGAGUACAUUGUGAAGACCUACGACAGUGUGGAGUUCCUCGGCAUGAUGGGGCUCUUUGGUUCUCUCAUCAACGGUAUACAGUUAGCGAUACUAGAGCGCGAUGAUGUGGGUUCUGUACGGUGGGACACGUGGCCAGUUCUGGCGCUGGUUGGGGGCUUCAGCGCCGCACAGUUCCUCUUCUAUGUUGUGGCUCCGGCCGUCAUUCGUGUCACCUCUGCCACAGCCCUCAACCUGGCCCUGUUUACGGCCGAUUUCUACAUCCUCAUCACUGGUAUUGCACUCUUCAGGUUCAAGUUCCAUCCACUGUACUUCCUCUCAUACAUUCUGGUGGUGACGGGCGUCAUAGUGUUUGUCAUCAAGCCAACACCAAUUGCCUCCACAAACAGAGGUUACUACAGGGAAAUAUCUGUGGGUCGCUCAAGUAGUGGCAAUGAGGUGGAACUGACAACGACCCCAGGUACAGCCACCAGCAGCAUGGGUGGAGGGGCUUCUUUUACGGAGUGGCCACCACUUCCGCCUGAGGUCAGGGGUUGUCCCGACUAUCCCUACCCACACUCUCAUUCUACCGAGUUCAGGCAAGGGUCAACUGCGACUCCUGUUCCUACCGAGUACCCUAGCACACCCCCAUCACCACCUCAGCAGUUCAGAUCACUGCCACGGCCAGCUCGUCGGGAGCAGUAUCCGGCUGGUGCUAUGGCUGGAGGCCAGAGGGCAGCAACUCUGCACCGCCCAGCGCGGGUACGUUUCCAGCUUGACUCUAUAGAGCCAACGGUGCCUCAUCCUCUACCCACGAGUUGGGAGAUGUGAGGUGUUAAAGACCACAAGAUCACCGCUCUCGAACACAUUUUUAUGAGGCUUAUCUUAGAUAAAUGCUGCACCAUUCGCAGUACCAAAUGCUGAGUGCCACGGUGUCUUCUUAUGAGGCUUAUCUUAGAUGAAUACUGCACCAUUCGCAGUACCAAAUGCUGAGUGCCACGGUGUCUUCAGUGAUUAGUGCCAUCUUAUUUUUGAACUGUAGCAGCAUGGUGCUGAAUGCAAGAUUACUGUCGUCAUGACUGCAGCAUCUCUGCUGAUUGUUGUCAAGUCUUCCCUGAGUCUCCUGAGAUAAAUAUGAUAUAAUAAAUGGUUUGGCUUGAUCUUUGAAUAUAGUUUUUGGAAUCAUAUUCAAACAUAAGUUUCUGAAAAUUGGGUCUGUUUUCUCUCUUGAUAGUACAGAAGGAUGUUUACCAGAUGAAAUCUCAUUUAGGCUCAGGCAAGCCCAUAAUGUGAGUCAUCAGAUUACAUGAAGCCAAAGACUGAUUUAAAGAAAACCAUGGAGGAUAUUUUUUCUAAUGUUGAUGUUUCAAUGUACAGGGGUGAAAGGUACAGUAUAUAAAUACAGUAUUAAACACAUUAACCUCAUUGAUGAUACGUGCCAAUCAAGAGGUCAUGCAAGGAAAGGACGGGUUAUUAAUAAUCACCCAAACCUCCCCCCCAGUACCCUCUCUGUGCUCAAGACUCGGUUGUGCAUGAUAUAUGGCAUAAUAUGCAGGUUCCUGAUUGUGUAAAGAAGCAACCUUACAUGGUGACAUUGUAUGUGUAUAAUAUUCAAUAUCUAUAAGAUUUUCCAUAUGCAUCGUUUUAUUGCCAAGAAUUGCAGACUCGUGACCCUGGUGUUGAAAAUGGGUUUUUUAGUGUUAGUGGAAUGAUUACUGCAAUAUUGUGUGAGGUCAGUAUCAACUAUAAAAGAAACAUAUGCUCAAGAAAUCACAGUAUAUAUCUGGUCAAGUGAAGCAUGUAUUGAGUGGCUUUUUUUUUUAAGUGUUCAAAUUCUCGAAACUUUUGAGGUGUUGUGUAUUCGGUGGUCUACAGUAAGUAUGUGUGUGUAUGUGACUGUUUUGAAUAAGAAAUAGAAUUUUUGAAUUUGAAAAUUGUGACAAUAAUGAUGUGUGUAGAUUUUUUGCAUGUUCUGUGGUUACUUCUCUUUGUAGAAGAGCCAUGAAAAUAGGAUAUGGUCAUACAAAAAUUGGAUAUAUAAUUACGGUAUACAAAAGCCUAUUUAAUUCCUUGCUUUCACCAAUGAUGUGAGUGUGUUGUUCAACUUUUAAUAACAAUAAAGUUCAGUACAAGAAGAAUGCCCACGAGGAACCUAAUUUCAAUGUCUCUGUAUGUGCAAUUUUAAAUGACAAAUAAUCUAUUUUAAUAGUUCAAUAGAGAAAACCUUCAUUCCCCCCCCCCCAUCCCCUGGAAGAUAUUUUUGCUGCUGAUAUGGAAAUAGUGUCAAAACUUGUAAUUGUGGCAUAGCAUGUUGUCCUGUAAAUCAUCUACUGUUUUAUUUAGAAUGAUUGCAUGGCAGUGUACUGUAUGUACAGUAUAUGUGAGCUAAAUUAUUGUGUAGCAGAUGCUUCUGUAAUUGUUUUCAUUACAUUCAAAUUGUCCAGUUAUGGGUCAAUAUUUUACACUAUAAAGAUCAUGAUGAAAAUUUCACAUAUGUUUUCUUGAAGGUCGAGAUAAAAUAGGAACCUCAUUGGCAUAUAAAUUAGCAAGAAAUGUUUCAUCUUAUUUUCUUAAGAACCUCCUUAUAACUUUUAUUAAAAUUAAUGUAGUCUUUAAAAUAGAAGUUCCUUUUCUGAAAUUAAUUUUAAAAUUUCUAUAAAUAUAUUGAAAGCUGCAGAAUCUUUAAAUUCAAUUUACUUAGAAUUUGCUUAUUACUUUUGUAUAAAUAUUUCUUACAGCUGAGAUAGAACCAAAAAUUGAACUACAGUAAUUGCAACCAUUGUAUUACACUUAAUUAUGCAACCAUGGGUCUCAUUUCUUAUAGCAAUAGUUUGUAACUGUAAUGAUAUAGAGUGAGAGAUCUUUAAGAUGUUCCUUCAUAGCAUAAUAAUUUACAUGCCACAAAAUGUAAAAAGUUGACAGGAUUGUUUCAAACAUAAGUUAGGCUUACACGAGUGAGUUUGGGUGAGUAUAAAUAUCAGUUGCCACGUCUGGAGUCAAUAAGCCUUCUGGAAUUUCCUGUAUUCUCAUGUUAUGUACUCAUGUUCCUGUGUGUUGUAACAUGUUCCUGUGUAUACCCUCAUGUUAUGCUCUAGUGUUCCUGUAACAACCUGCAUGUUGUUACAGGAUGAGAGCUUCAUAUGUGGUGAUCCAUCUUCCCAGUAUUCUUCGUCAUAUGAUGUUUUUAAACUAUUAACAGUUUUGGCAUAUACGGCCUGCUCACUUAACUUGUUCCAGCCAUCUACCAUUCUGCAAAAGAAAACUUUCUAAUAUUAUUUCAGCACCUUUGUUUCCUUAGCUUGAAUGAAAGACUUCUUGUUCUUGAAGUUGCAUUUUUCGAUCAUUCCUCCUUGCUAGUUUUGUCAGUUCCUUUUACUACUGUGUAGGUAGUGAUCAUAUCCCCUCUUUUUUCUUCUUGCUUUGGCAUAUUUAACGCCUUUAGCCUCUCUUCGUAGCUCUUGUUUUUCAGUUCCGAAAGCCAUUUUGUAGCAUGUCUUUGCACCUUUUCCAGUUAAGUGGUGUGCUUCUUGAGCACAUCUCCUACACUGUGGCUUGUUGAGCUGUUGCCCAACAAAGCUGUUGCCCACUUUGAUUUUUGUACUUGUUAGUAACUGUGCUUAGAUUUAAGCUGCAUAUGUUCAUGGCUGUGUGACAGUUGUGUAAAAUAGUGAAUGGCAGGAAGUUUUGCUCCACUGUUAAAUGGCCUCCCCCACUUAGUAUUAUCCUAAUAAUGUUUUUUUUUCCCCUUAAUCACAUAUGCCAAGGAAAAUGGUGCUAUAUUUACUUUGUAUAGUCAGCACAAACAUUUACAGAGUUGAGCAUUUUCAAUGUACAUACACAUGUUGUAGGACCUGAGAGAAUUAUAUACAGAAUAACUGUGCUAUAUAUAGAGUAACAAUUAACGGUUAACUAUUUCAGCAAUCUUAAGACUUAAAUAUUUGUACUGUACAGUUGUAAAUACUAGUACUGUGACACCUGUUUGCAUCAUCAAUGGAGUAUUAUAGAAAAGAUGUGCACAUUUUCUAUCAAUUUUAACCAAACUUUAGAAGCACAAAGUCCUUAGUCUGGGUUUAAAAAUUAUUUGCCUGUUUUAAUUUACCUUUUGUGUGUUUUUGUAGAUAAAUACAAUAAAUGCAACAUUUAAACUUAGCAGAAAGUUUCAUACAUGAUUGAAACUGAACUAAUAAUUUCUUCCUUACUGCUGCAGAUUAAUCUUUUCUGUCAGUCCCUCUCAUUUGUUACUUGUAUAAUGCAUUUUUAUAUAGUUUAUUAAAAUUACUUUCAUAUUACAUUAAUUUAAAUACCAUACAUUAACUAUGGCUGCAUAAGUUUUAAAUAUACAAUAUGCCAAGAAACCAUUUUUUCAUCAUAUAGAUUACAUAUAUUUGUAAUAUAAUUUACUUUUUUAUAAGAACUUGUUAACCUAAUCUAGCUGUAUGAUUUUAUAAAUACUUGUACUCUGAAAUAUGUUUACUGUGCUUGCCAUGUUUCCAUCUCCACCCUCUGGUUAUAUCAGCUUCAUAUAGACAAAAUUGUCUUUAUUGUUCCUUUUGAAGCAUCUUAUCUCUCCUGUGGUGGGUUGAGUGCACAAUAUAUGUAAUUAAAAUAUUUGAAUAUCAUGAAAUUGGUUUGUUUAUAAACCAAACAAUUUGGUAGGAUAAGGAUGUAAAUAAUAUCAAAUUUCUGUGACAUGUCCAUGUUAUUGUAGUUUUGUGGAAAAAUAUACACUUGGUACAUAGUAUGACAAAGAAAUGUUGCAUGCAGAGUUGACGUAAAUAUUAAUAAUUUGCCUAACUAGUCACUUUCUUAUUUCAUAUUUAUUUAUUUUUAUUUAUAUAUACACACAUGAAGGUACAUUGGGUUUAUGAGAGUAUAUAGAAUGAUGUGUUUACAUUCUUGUAAAGCUACUAGUACGCCUCUUAUGCCACUAGUAUAUGCCUCUUGUAGGGACUUUCCAGUCAGUUAGUAUAAUAAUUUAAACCACAAUAACAAUUAUAAGCUUUUAUUACCAGUCAAUACUAAGGGGUAGUUCUUUCUUGCCUUUCUGUGUUCUAUUGUUUGUAAACAAGUUACUGUAUGGUAAAAUAUAUUUUUGAAAAGAAUAUAGUGUAUGCUCAUUUCAUUUAAAUUGUAACUUUUUUCUUGUGUGAAAAGUCAUACUCUAUUCAGACUAAAAGUUAAGUAAGACUUGUAGUUUAAAAUGAUAAACAAUCUUUUAAUAAAAUCUCAAUGAAUCUAAGUUAUAAUUUAAAGUAUACAGUUAAAUGGUUCCAAAUUUGUUCCUGUGGAUAGGUCUUCCACAGUGUUUCUCACUGGAUUUACAUCAUUCAGAUACUGUUUUGUAUUAUUGGAAUACAUAUUUCAGGCAGUUUGAAAAAGUUAGGUUUUCGCCAUACUGUAACUGGAAGCCUUCACUAGUCACACAAAGUAAUGUCAACGAACAUUUUGUGAUUGAAUAAACACACUAAUAGUCUGUAUUAACAAGCAUUGCCUUAGCCUAUUCUGCGUAACAAAGAACACAGUGAACUAUCAAUUAAUUUAAUGUCGUUGGGGUAACCUUAUCUUAGGCCCACAAGUAGCAUUCAGUAAUAUCUUUUUCUAAGAGUUAGUGGCAGAUCUAAGGCGCUACAAUUAAUACAUCCUUUGAAUUUCUCAAUUACUUUUAUAUUAGACAUUGGUAUGUUUUUCCUGUAUAGGUCCUGGGUGGAGAUGGAAAACCACACUCGCACUGAGCAUCACUGCCAUAGCCAGCACAGUGUUGUCUGGGUCUUUCACGCAGUGUGAGAAGUAAGACACAGUAAACACUCUUUGCUCCUAACAGCCACAGUUGUUACCAUAAAAAGCUCCUUUUAUGGACACCUAACAUUUGAAAUGUACAGUAUAUGCUUACAAUGAAUAUAGAUAGUCUGUAUUCUACUUUUUAGCAAGCUAGUGGAUAACAUCAUUAGAAUUUAUUUUACAAGCAUAUGCCAGAGUCUUUAAAGACGAGUUAUAGUCAAAGACCUGUGUCUUUCAAGAAAGUGUGUAGCUAUUUGGUCUUGAGAGCAUCAUAAUUGUUUUGUAUAUAUGGUAUAAUGUACUACAUAUAUAUAUAUGGUAUAUAUAUGUAUAUAUAUAUAUAAUCCUUAAUUAUUUUGUAAUGUGUUCAACCAGAAUCAAAAGGUUAUGAACUUGUGCCCAGAAUGUGUAGAAAAAGAAGGGUCCGUCUUGUUACACUGCCAUGUACAGUAUAAUAAUGUGAUGUACCUGUUUAUAUGAUCAGGUUUCUUUGUAUCGAAAUGAAUACAAGUGUGUCAAGCAUGUAAAAGGAAAAUGCUAUGCAGACUAGUGUUCAAUAGAGUAGAUUUUAACAACUGGGAAAAAGGAUUACAUAUCUGAGAGAAAAAUAACACAUGAAUGCAAUAACAGGAGGUAAGGGCAACAAUGGACAAUAACCCAGUGGGCACUAUAAGAGUGGUGUUGCUUCGACACUGAAUCGAUGGCAUCAAUGUUAAUUUAAUGCAGAAUCGACAUUUUUUAUGUUGAUUCUGCAUUGAAUUGGCUAAAUUCCCAGUAGGCACUUGGAUAUUUUGCCUACUGGGAAUGUGGAUACAAUAGGUAAUGAAAAUGAAAGAUAACACAUUUCCAUUACAUAAGAAAAUAUUGUUGCAGUAUUAAUUGAUACUGAUAUGUAGGUGAAGAAGUGAUGUAAUUAAGAUAGUUUAAGCAGAUGUGAUUAAGUAGUACCAUGCCUAAUUAAGGUGGGCUGAAGUAUAACCAUUGAUGGUUGAUUAAGGACCAAGAUUUUGAAUAAAUAUGACGGUUCAUAUUGCAAUCAGGUUAAUUUUAAUAUACUGUAAUGUAAUAGUUUUACCUACCAUAAUGAAAUUUUCUUAGUUUUGGUUUCUGUAUUAGAAUAUUAGAGAGUACUGUGAAUUAGUAAAAUUCACAGACAAUACUCAGUGUAUCCUUAUCAGGUGAAGUUUCUUCAUAUUAUAAUUUUUACCAUUUAAUGCAUUAUAUGAGAUGUUCUUUAUCUUUAAAUGUUUCAGCUAAUUAAAAGUCCCUACAUCAUGGUUCUCGUGACAAAUAAUAAUUCGCAGCAAUAAUAUAAAUAAAAUCAUAUUGUAGCGAUUUGAACACAGGACAUAAUUGCAAAUAGUGAUUGGAACUGUUUAAUAGUCCUUAUAUGGUGGUACAGUAUUAUAGGAAUUGAGAAUAUGCAACCCAUGAGUUUAGGUGUAUUUUGCAGAAUUUUUGUCACCCAUUAUCUUCUCUUUGUAACAAAUAAAAAUAAGAUGCAAAGAUUAAUUUGGGUACCAGUUGACUUCCAGUAUGGGAUUCUGAGUAUGAUUGUGUAUGUAUGACAAAAAAUAGAACUAGAAACCCAAAAAAUAAUCAAAGCAUAUAGAGCACUGAGCUUGCAGAACUAUAGUUCUGUUAAGCACCAGCACUUUAUAGAAAAUUAGUCUUGCUUGAAAUUCUAUAAAAUGAAUGGUUCCUGGAACUGAGAAAAGGAGCUAUGAGAAGAGGCUAGAGGUGUUAACUAUGACAAAACAAGAACACAGAAGGAUAAAGAGAUAUGAUCACUAUGUAUAAAAUAGUAUCAGGAGUUGACAAAAUAGACAAGGUGAAUUUUGUGAAACCUAUAACUUUAUGAACUAUAGACCAUAAAAUCAAGAAAACAAAUGUACCCAAAAAAAAAACGAAAGUUCUCUUGUUGUGAAGAGAGAGAGUGGUAGAAGUUUGGAACAAGUUAAGCGAGAAGGUGGUGGAUGUCGAAAUCAUCAAUAGUUUCAUACGUCAUAUAAAAAACAUUGGGAAGAUGGGACCUCAUGAGCAUAGCUCUUAUUCUGUAACUACACUUUGGUAAAUACAAUGGAAUACAAAGAUAUAUGGUGUAUUUAUGUGGUAUUGCACUAUAUUAUUCGCUAAACCUACAGCAAACAAGUCUUAGCCUGAUGUAGUCACUCCAACAUUGUGAGCCUGCUGGAAAUGAAACAUUUUUUAUUACAAGAGUAUUAAAUUUAUUUUCCCCCUCUGAAUAUUUAAAUCACUAAUUUGAAGAAUUCAAGACAGAAUUUUAAAUAUGUUCUUAAAUUAAACAGCUAUAUGGUUUUCAGCUUAAAAUUUAUAGUAAAGUUUAAAAAUGCCAAGAUGAUUAAUGGAGCUCAUAUAAGUAAAUAAAUAAAUACAUAAAUAAAUAAAUGAAUGUUGAGAGCAAUUUUAAACUUGGAUAUGAAUAAAAUUGAUAAUUUUGUUAACAUCACAUUUUUGAUGAAUAAUCUGUAAGCUUCCCUGUUGACAGCAGGGAAGCUUACUCAUCUGCUGGCAUAUGAGUGAUAUGGAAUUCAUCGAUGCUUAAGCCUGAUAGGUUUACACAACACUAUUGUCACAUUGUUAUAAUGGGCCAUUGGGUGGCAAUUCUUGUAAAUGUUCGUUAUAAGUGGUUGGAUAUACUUGCAAGAGAGAGUUGCUGUCUUAAUUGGAAUUAGAUAAUAUUAUGCCUCUGAAAAUGCUUACCCUCGAAUCCCCUGAGUUUUUAUAAGGAUAUUAAAAUGUAAACUUUGGCACUGAAAAGCAUAUUGUGUUAUCAGUGUAUUAAGAUAAUUUGUUUAAAACUACUGUACUUUACUUUUAUAGAUUAAAUUAUCAAAAAAUUAAGUACUGUAUCUAAAAGAACUAACAUAUUGAAAUUUUGUAGAUACAGUACUUAAUAUCUCUGUUGAUACAAUAAUUAUUUAAAUGUUAAUUUUUGUCAAUGCUACUCACAUUCAUUAACUAAAAUAUUUUGCAGUACUACAUACAUUAUUACUAUAUUAUGUACUUUUUUGUCUUAUUCUACUUAGUUACUGUGUUGGUUUUCACACCAUCUACUGUGUCACUGGUCAUUCAUUCACCAAGUCCAACAAUGUUACCUCAAGAGUAACAAUGUCACUUUGUUGUUAAUCACUUAACAUAUACUUACCUUUUGUUCUACUAGUCCUUACAGCAACUUUGGUCAUCUGUUCCUACAUAUAUUGUGUUGCUGGCAAAUCUACUAGUCAAAGUAGUAUAAAUAAAAUUGUAUUUAUAAAAUAUAAAUACACAAUUAUUAUACAUUCAUUAUAUACACAUAUUAUUAUUAUAUUAUUAUAUUAUUACAUGUGCAUACUGUAUUUGAAGGUACAGGAGUUGGGAAUUAUAUAAUGCCACUAAUCUACUAUGUUCUUGUUCGCUGUGCUGUUCUCCUACAUCAUGAACUGUCAUGUGUUCAGCAUCAACAAUUUGUCACUCCCUAAAAGUUCAGUAAUAAUUUGUAAUUGAAUUAAUUUUGUUGAUAUAGGAAGCCUGUUCAUAUGUAUACUUUAGGUUUGUAUCAAUUCCUCCUCCUCCCCACUCCAAAGAUCAAACUGCUGACUUUCCCCACAAUGCAAUCCCACAACAGUUGCUUACCUCAAAGGUACCUAUUUACUGCUAGGUGAACUAAGACAUUAGGUGAAAGGAAAUGCGCACAAAUAUUUCUGUCCUGCCCAGGAAUCGAACCCAGGAUCCCCGAUUGCAAGUCGGGAACGAAGCCAACUGUACAAGACCCACACGAUGUGAUCGACUGCCGCUUCUCCUUUUCUAUGUUUAAAUAACACAAUUUUUGGUCCUUAAGUAGUUCAUAAUAAUUUUUUUACUCAUUUUUAUGUAAAUUGACAUUAACAAAAUAAAGUUUUAAUUUUCAAGAUGCAAUGUUUAUCAUGUAAUUGGUCUAUUUUAUAGUUAAUGAAAAAUUUUCUUGUGGUUAUUUUUACACAAGGGUUUGAAAUGUUUUGUUCUAGCAGUAUAACAAUGCUUAUUAUAUUUUAAAUGUUUGGGUCCAGUUUAUUAAUAUAUUAUUUUUGGAUCAAGAGCAUGGUACAAUAAACACUUGUAGUUUGUCAGGUGUUACAUAAUAUGUUGUAAUAUGAAGCACAUAAUGCUUCUUCCAGUACAUUCAAUAACAUGGUGAUUUAUUUAUGUACAAGAAGGCACAAUGGGAUGUGAAGGUACAUAUGUUGUUGAAGGUACAUUUUUGCAGUCACUAACAUGCAUACUGUAUAUUGUUUUGGGCAAGUCCUAAAGUUAGCAGAGAAUUUGCAAUAAAUUUUAAAUCGCACAGUAAAACUGUCUUGAAUAAAAAAUAAAUGUAAUGGUGGCAUUUGAAUUCAUAUAAUUACAAUAUCAAUAUUAAGUAGUAAUAAAAUAUAAUAUACAGGUAUUAAGGUCCUACCAAAAUGCUAUGCAUGUUAGUGGCUCUGCAAGAAUGUACUGUAAUACUCAAACACCAAUGUUAUGGACUCUCACAACCUAAUGUACCUUCUUAUAAAUAAAUAAAUGAGUAUGAAGUGCAAAAGUGCACUAUUCAAUGAAAAUAAUAACCCACUAUUUUGAACUGUAUACCUGUAUUUUGAUCCCAACCCGGGAUCCUCUUCAGCAAUGGGUAAAGCCACCUUGUUACAUAAUCGUUCACCAAAUCUGGUAACCACUGCUUUGAAAAAAUAUUAAAAUUUGGAUUGUUGUUUAUAAAAGUAGAUUAUAAUUUUCCCCAACACUAUGGCUUCAAAAGAAAAAUAAUAGAAUGUACUUUUCUAAAGAACAAUACAAAUUGUAAUAAAUCCUCAGGGCAGUGGUUACCAGAUUUGGUGAGCAAUUAUGUAAUGAGAAAGUUAUUACCUAUUGCUUACACCUCUUCCCAUGAUACCUGACUUGACACCAUAAAAGCAGCAUCAGCCGGUAUUCUCGCUUCCUGCUGAAUAAGAUCCUGGGUUGGGAUACCUUGCGGUUACCUUGCGAUGAUUUCGGGGCUCAACAUCCCCGCGGCCUGGUCGUCGACCAGGCCUCCUCAUUGCUGGACUGGUCAACCAGGCUGUUGGAUGCAGCUGCUCGCAGCCUGAUGUAUGAAUCACAGCCUGGUUAAUAAAAAUCAUUCAGUCUAUGUUUCCUCAUGUUUUCAAAAUACAGUAUUGGGUUAUUAUUUUCACAUAAAUAAAUAAAUAAGGCAACACAGAGGAAUGGUUAAUUAUAUACAUUGCUAGAAAAUUUGAAAAUACCUACCUGGUUAGUUAAUGAGCUGUUUUGAUAAACACAUCUAGUCCUAGCCAGUGCAAGACAAUAACAUGGCGUUAUUGAGCAUGGUGAACCGAGAUGUGGAGCUCUUUGGUGUGACCAGUUUGUUAAGCCCUAAUUGGUUUUUAUUAAGAUUUUUGUGGCUUUGCAAUGUUAUCCUCCUUUGUUAUUAUCCAUGCAGACCUUUCUUUCCUCUGUUGUUGGUCUUUUAACACCUUAUUAACCUUUUUUUUUUUUUUUUUUUUUUUACUUCCUAGCAUCUUGUUUUCUCCCCUCUAACCCUUUUGGAGCUCGUGCCUCCAUUUUCUGAACCUUUCACCCCAUCCAGACAUCUAAUAGCCUCCACCUUCAUGUCCUGUAACUGCUCUUUCUUGAAUUCUUGCCCCUUUCAAAUCCUUCUCUUUAAGUAUACCUUUUCUCAUAGCUAACCUAUGUCCUUGAAUGUAAUUCCCUGUCAUGAUAUAGCCCUCUUGCUCCGAGACAUUCCUUCCUGCUACAAUUACCACGAUGUCCUUCCAUGUAAUAUUUUCCUGCAUUUGUUUGCCAUUGUGAGCAUGCAACCAGUUCAAUGUUUCUGUAGUCAAGUUGUUUGCUAGGCUGUGUUAUUUCUGAAACUACAGUGCUUAUAUUAGGUUACUUCAAUAGCUACACUGGUAAGGUUGGUGCACUAUUAUUUUGAGUGCAUUAUUCCCAUAGAUACACUGGUUGUAUUAUCACAUUGCUUCCAUAGUUGUGUUGUUUCAAUAACUUUCUUGUUUUCAUAGCUAUCUUUUUCCCAUAUCUUGGUCUGCUCUGUUAUUAUAGCUAACAUGUUUCUAGUGUAAUACUUUGUACCUUAUCUAAUGUUUGGCAUAAUUUCGGACAUAUUUUCACAUGAAAAAAUAUCGUCUCUUAUGUUAUUUAUAAAUGUAAUAAUAUUGAAAUGUUGGAUCUAAUGUGUAUGUGUCCCUGCUCCUCAGGGCAAGUUCAUCCUGGAAACAGCUAUUAUCAUGUUCUGUUGAAAUCUUUUGCCAAGCUGUUUAACGAGACUCACAAGUCUGUCACAUAAUCAAUAGAAAAAGUAAACAGUUGUAUGUAAGUAACACAUUUUUGUACAGUGUACAGCUCCAUUUUGUAUUUUCAAAAUGUUCUCAAUAUAUCUUUGUUGUGAACAGUGUU